AUGAGCGACACGAUGGACUCAGGCGUGGAAGUUUCCGCCACUGUGGCUCCAGAAGCCCCAGCUCCGGCGUUAGUUGAACUUCCCGCGCUGAUCUCGUACGUGAAGGGUAUCACCCUUUCGAUUCUUGGGGAAGAAAUCGCCGCUCCGAAAGAGCUGGAAGCGGUCUUCGAAGAUCCCAGAGCGGUGGACUGUAUACAGAAGUUCGUUUCCGAUGCCCAGGUGCCGACGCUAUUCGUUGAAAAGAGCACCGUGAGGACGGAAGAUGACAGUGAUCAGAGCAACUCUGAAGUGGACGACGAUGUGCAGUUCUUCAUUUCCAAUGAUGUUCACUUCACGUCUGCGAAGAUGUGCAGCGUGGUGUUCAUUAAACGAGCAACUUUACUGGAAGCGGAUAAGAGCAUUUCCACCCAAGUCAGGGUCGUAACGUUGAGCGAUGGUUCACCAUACAUCGCAUUGCAUUCCUUGGUCUCUGCCUCCAUGGGACCCUAUUUCAAGUCCUACGUGAAAGCCUCAGGUAAAGGAGAAAGAGAUGGAGACAAAAUGGCACAAACGGUUGAAAAGCAGAUAUCUGAGCUUGAGAUGGGCCUGCUACACCUGCAACAGAACAUUGACAUUCCGGAAGUGACAUUGCAGAUACACCCCUUGGUUGCUCAAGUUAUGAAGCAGUGUGCUGAAAUGGGAACAAAGCCAAAAGUAACCGACUUCGGGGACAAAACUGAGGAUACCACUUUUUUGAACCAGCUGCAGACGGGGGUGACCAGAUUGGAUCGAGACCCAGCAAGUGGUUCUACGCUUCAAGAAGUGAGCUUCUGGCUGAAUCUGGAAAGAGCGCUGCAAAGAAUCGUGGAAAAAAGAGAAGGAGCUGAAGUCGGCCUAACCCUGGAACUCCUCAAACAUGGGAAACGGUUCCACGCGACAGUGUCUUUCGACACUGACACGGGGCUGAAACAAGCUGUUCUCACUGUCAAUGACUACAACUUCCUCAUGAAGGACUUCCCGAUUCAGGACCUUUUGGCGGCCUCGGACUUAGAUCAAAUCAGAAUCGCCCUCAGAGGAAUUUUUGCGCAUCUGAAAAAGAUUCGUAACACGAAGUAUCCAACUGUGCGGGCUCUCCGGCUGAUCGAAGCUGUUUCUCGGGAUCUUUGUGCUCAAAUGCUCAAGGUGUUAGGAACGAGGAGGUUGACGCACAUUUCGUUUGAGGAAUUCGAGAAAGUUAUCGGCUCGUGUUUCGACGUUUUCGUUACGUGGGAUGACGAGUACGAAAGGGUUCAGAACCUUCUUAGAGACCUGGUGAAGAAAAAGCGCGAGGACUCCGUAAAGAUGACAUGGAGGAUUUCACCCGCCCACAAGCACCUUCAGGCAAGGAUGGAUAAGAUGAGAAAGUUCAGGGUUCAUCAUGAAGAGCUGAGAAAAGUGAUUUCAAGGGUUCUACGCCCCGCAGCCACGCCGCAGAACCAAGAAGCGGGUACUUUACGGACCUCUGGAGCUGAGCCAAAAGUGGAAUCUCAGGAUGUUGCUGAUGCAAACGCGAUCCAGGAAGUGGAGCUGGCCUAUGAACAUGUUAAAGAAGUGGAUAGCCUGGACAUCAGUAAGGAAGGCACGGAAAUGUGGGAUGCAGCUAUGCGUCGGUAUGAUGAGCGAAUUGAUCGUGUGGAGACAAGAAUCACAGCUCGACUCCGGGACCAGUUGGGCACUGCGAAAAAUGCCAACGAGAUGUUCAGGAUCUUCUCUAGGUUCAACGCCUUGUUCAUCAGGCCACACAUUCGCGGUGCCAUCAGGGAGUAUCAGAGUCAGCUGAUCCAGCGUGUCAAAGAUGACAUCGAAGCGUUGCACGAAAAGUUCAAGGCUGGAUAUCCUAUGAGCAGUGCAUCACAGUUGAGCCACGUGAGAGACAUCCCGCCUGUGUCAGGAUCCAUCAUUUGGGCUAAACAGAUCGACAGGCAGUUGAGUGGUUUCCUGAAACGAGUUGAAGAUGUAUUGGGAAAAGGCUGGGAAAAUCAUAUUGAUGGUCAAAAGCUGAAAGCAGACGGUGACAGCUUCAGAAUCAAACUUGACACCAAGGAAAUUUUCGAGGAUUGGACGAAGAUCGUCCAGCAACGAAACCUGGGAAUCGUUGGGAAAACAUUCGUAGUUGAUGUAGCCCGUGGGGGUCGUGUUGGCCCGGGAACGCCGUCUGCCCCGAAGUCCGUUUACAAGCUUCGAGUGAAUUUCCAUUCGGAAAUAAUCACCUUAUCGAAAGAAGUCCGUCAUCUGAAGAACCUUGGAUUCAGGGUCCCUCUUGCUAUCGUUAACAAGGCUCAUCAUGCGAAUCAGUUGUAUCCGUUUGCGAUUUCUCUGACUGAAAGCGUGCUUUCCUACGAAAGAACUGUGAAGAAGAUCGAAGAAAAGGCCAAUAUUAAGCUUUUGGUCGCUGGACUGCACGUGGAAGUUCAAGCUGCAUUAGAUGAGGGUUUCAAUCUUGUCUGGGACAGCUACAAGCUGGAGUCGUACGUCAGCAAGUUGGCUGACCUGGUGUUCGCUUUCCAAGAGAAGGUUGAGGAAGUGCUUAGCAUGGAGGAGCAGAUAGAAGCUGAUGUGAAGAGUCUGGAGACUUGCGCAUAUUCUUCAUCUACAUUCGCUGCUAUUUUGAAGAAGAUUCAAAAAACUGUAGACGAUUUGAGUCUGAAAGGUUUCUCCAAUCUUCAUGCUUGGGUUUCUCGUCUGGAUUCGGACGUGGAAAGCAAGUUGGCAUCGAGACUGCAAGCCGGUUUGCAAGCCUGGACUUCUGCCCUGAUUGGUCAUAAGGAAGAUGAGCCUGAGUAUGACACUGAUGUGCCUUCAACACCAGCCCACAAAGCCGGUGGAGAGCCUGUGAUCAAACGUAUGGUGCAUGAGUUGAGGAUCACAAACCAGAUCAUGUACCUUCAUCCUCACAUGGAGGCAACUAGACAUCAGCUGUACUGCGAGCUUUUUGCUUGGGAGAAUGUGAUUCUGUUGCAAGACAGGAUUCAAAGUACACGUUACCAGGUUGCCCUGGAGAGCUCGUUGUCUGAAGAAGCAAGCAACUAUAAGCAGUUGCUAACGAAGAUCCCUGGAGGACCGAAAGUUCUUCAUGCAGCCUACAGAGCAGUGGAAGAUGUUAUUUCUGAUAUCAGGAAGUACGUGGAUGAGUGGCUGAGAUACCAGUCACUCUGGGACCUGCAGUAUGACCACAUUCAAUCUGUACUCGGGGAUGAUGUAGCCAAGUGGAUGGUGUGCAUCAAUGACAUCAAAAAGUGUCGUACAACUUUCGACACUUCUGACACUCACAAAGAAUUCGGUCCCGUGACGAUCAACUAUGGCAAAGUACAGAGCAAAGUAUCUUUGAAAUAUGAUGCUUGGCACAAGGAAGUGCUGAGCCGGUUUGGACAACUGCUUGGGUCAGAGAUGAGCAGAUUCCACGCCAACAUAUCCAAGGCCCGUGGUGAACUUGAACUUCAGUCGAUUGAAGCUGCUAGCACUUCCGAUGCGGUCACCUUGAUUACCCAAGUUCAGGGAUUGAAGAGAAAGCUGAAGACAUGGGAGAAAGAGGUUGAGGUUUACAAAGAAGGCCAAAGAAUUCUGGAACGCCAGCGUUUUCAGUUCCCGACCAACUGGCUGCAUGCUGACAAUAUCAACGGAGAAUGGUCAGCUUUUAAUGAGAUUAUGAGAAGGAAGGACACCAAUAUCCAAACUCAGGUGGCAAGUUUGCAAAUGAAAAUUGUAGCAGAAGAUAAAACUGUUGAAGGAAGAAGUGCCGAAUAUUUGACGGACUGGGAGAAGGCGAAGCCUAUAGAAGGUCACAUCCGUCCAGAAGAAGCUCUUCAGAGGCUGUCCAUGUACGAAACCCGGUUUCUUAGGCUGAAGGAAGAUAGAGAAAAUGUUGCCAAAGCCAAGGAAGCCUUGGAACUACAGGACCCUGGCACAGCAAGCGUGUCUGAGUCUCGGCUGGAGGUGGCUUAUGAAGAGUUGACGGACUUGAAGGGUGUCUGGAACGAGUUGAGCUCGAUUUGGAAAGAAAUCGACGAGAUUCGAGAAAAGCCUUGGCUUUCAAUUCAACCCAGGAAACUGCGUCAGCAACUCGACUCCCUCGUGGCGAAAUUGAAAGAUUUGCCAGCCAGACUUCGUCACUAUGCGUCCUAUGAGCAUGUUAAAAAGUUGCUACAGUCAUACGCUAAAGUCAACCUACUUAUUGUUGAACUCAAGUCUGAAGCUUUGAAAGAGCGUCACUGGAAAUCACUAACCAGGCAAUUGCGCGUAAAUUGGCAACUGAAUGAGCUGACUUUGGGCCAAGUGUGGGACGUUAAUCUACAGAAGAAUGAGGCUGUUGUUAGAGAUGUCAUCCUCGUGGCACAAGGUGAAAUGGCUCUCGAGGAAUUCCUCAAACAGGUCAGAGAAUUUUGGCAAUCGUAUGAGCUACAGCUCGUCAAUUACCAGACUAAGUGCAAGCUGAUCCGUGGCUGGGAUGAGCUGUUCAUCAAGCUCAAAGAAAACAUUAACUCAAUCAAUGCCAUGAAGCUAUCACCGUAUUACAAAGUUUUUGAAGAGGAAGCCUUGACCUGGGAGGACAAAUUGAACAGGAUCAAUGCUGUCUUUGAUGUCUGGAUCGACGUCCAACGUCGCUGGGUUCACCUGGAAGGGAUCUUCUCAGGGAGUGCGGACAUCCAAGCUCUUCUCCCGGUCGAGACGUCCAGAUUUCAGAAUAUAAGCUCAGAGUUCCUUGCCUUGAUGAAGAAGGUUGCGAAGAGUUCAAUGGUGAUGGAUGUCCUCAACAUCGUCGGUGUCCAGAAGUCACUAGAAAGGCUGGCAGAUUUAUUGGGGAAAAUCCAGAAGGCACUUGGAGAAUACUUGGAGCGAGAGCGAGCGUCAUUCCCGAGGUUCUACUUCGUUGGAGAUGAAGACUUGUUGGAAAUCAUUGGCAAUAGCAAGAAUAUUGCGAGGCUACAAAAGCAUUUCAAGAAAAUGUUUGCCGGAGUAUCGGCAGUGAUUCUGAAUGAAGAUUCUACAGCAAUCACAGGAGUGGCAUCAAGGGAAGGCGAAGAAGUUCGGUUCUUGCAUCCUGUUGACUUGCUGAGACAUCCGAAAAUCAACGAUUGGUUGAUGGAAGUGGAGAAGGAAAUGAGGUUGACGUUGGCGGACCGAUUGAGCGAAGCAGUGAGCAGGUUUAAAGGACUGAGAUCCACCAGUGGUGCUUCAGAGACAGUUAGUGGUGCUGCACAAAUGAACGCAGAGGCCUUCAUCGACUGGGUUGAUCGCUACCAAUCUCAGAUUGUUGUGCUUGCCGUCCAAAUCUCGUGGAGUGAAGACGUCGAGUCGUCCUUGGUUAAGUUCGUCUUGGCGGCAGUUGAGGCCACGUUGCAGAUUUUAGCGGACUCAGUUUUGCAGGAACAACCGCCUGUGAGGCGCAGAAAGCUUGAGCAUUUGAUUUCUGAAUUUGUGCACAAAAGAUCUGUGACGAGGUCGUUGAUUGAGAGUGAGGUUAAGUCUCCGAAGAACUUCCAAUGGUUGAGUCAGAUGAGGUUUUAUCUGGAUCCAAAAGGCAAUGAUCCCUUGAAGCAACUCACGAUUAGCAUGGCGAAUUCCCAAUUUUACUAUGGCUUUGAAUACCUUGGGGUGCAGGAAAAACUAGUUCAAACCCCGCUGACUGACAGAUGUUACUUGACCAUGACCCAGGCGUUGGAUGCCAAGCUUGGAGGAUCUCCGUUCGGCCCUGCCGGAACCGGGAAAACCGAGUCUGUCAAAGCUCUUGGAAACCAGCUUGGGAGAUUUGUCCUUGUAUUCAAUUGUGAUGAGACAUUUGAUUUCCAAGCGAUGGGAAGAAUAUUCGUCGGGCUUUGCCAAGUUGGUGCAUGGGGAUGUUUCGACGAGUUCAACCGGCUGGACGAACGUAUGCUAUCUGCAUGCUCCCAGCAAAUCCAGGCUAUUCAAGAGUGCUUGAAGUCUCAAGUCGACAAGAAAGAUGCAUCUCUGGCUGUGGAGUUGGUUGGGAAGCAGGUCAGGGUGAACCCAGACAUGGCCAUUUUCAUCACCAUGAAUCCUGGUUAUGCUGGGAGGUCGAACCUUCCUGAUAACCUCAAGAAGCUCUUCAGGUCCUUGGCAAUGACCCAACCAGACAGGCAGUUGAUCGCCCAAGUGAUGCUGUUUUCUCAAGGAUUUAGAACUGCCGAAAAACUCGCUUCGAAGAUUGUUCCUUUCUUCAAAUUGUGUCACGAGCAGUUAUCCAGUCAGAGCCACUAUGACUUCGGUUUGAGAGCCUUGAAAUCUGUGCUGGUGAGUGCUGGAAACGUGAAGAGAGAUCGGAUCCAGAGGAUCAAAGAUUCAAGAUCGGAGAAUGAAGAGGUUGUUGAUGAAGCUGCGAUUGCCGAGAAUCUCCCUGAACAGGAGAUUUUGAUCCAAGCCGUCUGUGAGACCAUGGUUCCGAAGCUGGUUGCUGAAGACAUCCCGCUGCUCUUCUCGCUCCUGUCUGACGUCUUCCCGGGAGUAGAAUAUACGAGAGCUCAGAUGGAUGACCUCAAGAAACACAUUCGUGACGUUUGCAACGAAAAUUUCUACGUUCAUGAUCUUAGUAGUGGAAAUGACGGUCCUGGAACUUUAUGGAUGGACAAGGUGUUACAACUUUUCCAAAUAUCGCAUUUGAAUCAUGGUUUGAUGAUGGUUGGACCAAGUGGAAGUGGAAAAUCAUCGGCGUGGAAAGUGCUGCUGAAAGCUUUGGAGCGUUUGGAAGGCAAACCUGGGGUUGCUCAUGUCAUCGACCCGAAAGCGAUUUCCAAAGAGGAGCUUUAUGGGAUGAUGGAUCCGAAUACCAGGGAGUGGACUGAUGGCCUAUUCACGCAUGUUUUGAGGAAGAUCAUUGAUAACGUUCGUGGCGAGUUGGACAAAAGGCAAUGGAUUAUUUUCGACGGUGACGUGGAUCCCGAAUGGGUUGAAAAUCUCAACUCCGUUCUGGAUGACAAUAAGUUGCUCACUUUGCCGAAUGGAGAACGUCUAGGGUUGCCACCGAACGUCAGGAUAAUGUUCGAGGUGCAAGAUUUGAAGUUUGCUACUCUGGCCACGGUAUCCAGAUGUGGGAUGGUUUGGUUUUCGAGUGAUGUCUUGAAGGACGACAUGAUUUGUGACAACUACCUGAUGAGGCUGAAGAGUGUAGCGUUGGAGGACGGGGAUGAUGAGCAUUCUAUGAGAAUGGCGGCCGUUGACGGAGAAGGCGGCAGAGUAACUUCUGCCGGUUUGCAGGUGCAAAGAGAUGUCGCGAGCAUUUUGUCGCCAUACUUCGAGCAAGAAGCCUUGGUGCACAGGACGUUGGAUUACGCUUGUGAACAGUUGGAUCACGUGAUGGAUUUCACCCGUCUCAGAGCUUUGGGCUCUUUGUUUUCCAUGCUGAACCAGUGCGUGAGGAAUGUGAUUGAUUACAACCGGACGCAUCAGGACUUCCCCAUGCAGUGGGACCAGUUGGAGAAGUACAUUCCUAAGGCAUUGGUGCACUGUAUACUGUGGUCAUUUGCUGGUGAUUGCAAGCUGAAAGGCAGAGUGGACCUUGGGGACUUCAUCAGGUCCAUCACCACGAUUCCGUUGCCACCGGGCACCGCUUUACCCCUCGUUGACUACGAGGUGAACAUUCAAGGAGAAUGGGUCUCUUGGGCCACAAGGGUACCACAAAUCGAAGUGGAAACCCAUAAGGUGGCUCAUCCAGACGUCGUCGUGCCCACAGUAGACACUGUGAGACAUGAAGCACUCCUGCACACCUGGCUGGCGGACCACAAACCCAUGGUUUUGUGUGGACCACCUGGAAGUGGAAAGACAAUGACUUUAUUCAGCGCACUGAGAGCACUUCCUGACCUGGAAGUUGUUGGCCUCAACUUCUCUUCAGCAUCGUCACCGGAGUUGAUUCUGAAGACUUUUCAUCACUAUUGUGAAUAUAGAAGAACUCCGAACGGCGUGGUUUUGGCGCCGAUACAAAUCGGCAAAUGGAUCGUUAUCUUCUGUGAUGAAAUCAAUUUACCCGACAUGGAUCGUUACGGCACACAACGUGUCAUUUCUUUCAUUCGUCAACUUCUGGAGCACGGCGGGUUUUACCGAAGUUCUGAUCUGGCUUGGGUGACGUUGGAGAGGAUUCAGUUUGUCGGAGCUUGCAACCCACCUACAGAUCCUGGGAGAAAACCUCUGAGUCACAGAUUCUUACGACAUGUCCCUGUUGUUUACGUCGAUUAUCCCGGGGAACUUUCUUUGAAGCAGAUUUAUGGCACGUUCAAUCGGGCCAUGUUACGAUUGAUCCCAAUGCUGCGUGGGUUUGCUGACCCACUGACAGCAGCCAUGGUUGAGUUCUUCCUCAUGAGUCAAGAACGGUUCACUCAGGAUAUCCAGCCUCACUAUGUCUAUUCCCCUCGAGAAAUGAGCCGAUGGGUCAGAGGAAUCUGUGAAGCCAUUAGGCCAUUGGAGACUCUUGACCUUGAUGGCUUGGUAAGGCUGUGGGCGCAUGAAGCACUGAGGUUAUUCCAAGACCGACUCGUAGAUGAUGAAGAGCGACGCUGGACGGACGAGAACGUGGAUGCCGUUGCGUUGAAGCACUUCCCGUCUCUGGACAAGGAGAAAGCCCUGAAGAGACCCAUUUUGUACUCAAACUGGCUCUCCAGGGAUUACCUGCCAGUGGACAGGGAAGAGCUGAGGAGCUACGUGAAAGCCAGACUGAAAGUCUUUUAUGAAGAGGAGUUGGACGUGCCUCUUGUCCUCUUCAAUGAGGUGUUGGACCAUGUGUUGAGGAUCGACAGGAUUUUCCGACAGCCCCAGGGUCAUGUGUUGCUAAUUGGGGUGUCUGGAGCGGGGAAGACGACUUUGUCAAGGUUCGUGGCCUGGAUGAAUGGAAUUUCCAUUUUCCAAGUGAAGGUCCACAAUAGAUACACUGCGGAGGAUUUUGACGAAGACCUGAGAACUGUGUUGCGGAGAGCUGGCUGCCGUGACGAGAAAAUGUGCUUCAUUCUGGAUGAGUCGAACAUCAUGGAGAGCGGGUUUCUGGAAAGGAUGAACACUUUGUUGGCCAAUGGAGAAGUUCCCGGCCUUUUUGAUGGCGAUGAGUACACCACGUUGAUGACUCAAUGCAAAGAAGGCGCCCAGCGUGAAGGACUCAUGUUGGAUUCUGGAGAGGAGCUUUACAAAUGGUUCACUGGUCAGGUGAUGAAGAACCUGCAUGUGGUCUUCACGAUGAACCCCUCGUCAGAGGGCCUGAAGAGCCGUGCAGCAACAUCACCAGCGUUGUUCAAUCGCUGCGUCCUGAACUGGUUUGGAGACUGGAGCACAGAAGCCUUAUUCCAAGUCGGAAAAGAAUUCACUAGCAAGAUGGACCUCGAUGUAGCAUCUUGGAAACCCCCGGACUUCUUCCCUUGCAUCUGGGACGGUAUUCGCCUCCCACCAAGUCACCGCGACGCGAUUGUCAAUGCUUUUGUUUAUGUCCAUGACACUCUGCAUAAAACAAAUGCCAAGUUGAUGAGGCGUGGAGGUAAUGCCAUGUCGAUCACCCCGAGGCACUACUUGGAUUUCAUCAACCAUUUCGUGAAAUUGCAUCGGGAAAAGAGGGAAGAUCUGGAGGAGCAACAAAUGCAUCUCAGUGUUGGUCUGACUAAAAUCGCUGAAACCGUGGAUCAGGUGGAAGAAAUGCAGAAAUCUUUGGCCGUCAAGUCCCAGGAGUUGCAGACGAAGAACGAGGCAGCUAACUUGAAGCUGAAGAAAAUGGUUGAUGACCAGCAAGAGGCCCAGAGACAGAAGGAACGCUCUCAGAAAAUUCAACAGGAUCUUGCUGUCCAGCUACAGGCCAUUGGUCUCAAGAAGCAGGAAGUGAUGGCUGACUUGUCCAAAGUAGAGCCAGCUGUGAUGGAUGCCCAACAAGCUGUGCAGUCGAUUAAGAAACAGCACUUGGCUGAGAUCAGGACCAUGGUAAACCCUCCACCUAUCGUGAAGUUGGCGAUCGAGUCCAUCUGCUUGCUCUUGGGUGAACCGGUCACUGACUGGAAAGCUAUCAGGGGUAUCAUCAUGCGUGACAACUUCAUCUCCAACAUCGUCAACUUUUCUACCGACGACAUCUCUGACGAGGCCCGGCAUGUUAUGAUGACCAAGUAUCUCACGAACACUGAUUACACUUUUGAAAAGGCCAACCGUGCGUCCCAAGCUUGUGGGCCAAUGGUCAAAUGGGCCAUUGCGCAAAUCAAUUAUUCGGACAUGCUGAAGAAGGUGGAACCUUUGAGGAGUGAGCUGAGUCAUUACGAGGAGAAGGCGAAGGAGAAUGAGCAACAGGUGGAAGAUGUGAAGACAGCCAUAACUGAGCUGGAGAAGUCUAUUGGAAUUUAUAAGGAAGAAUAUGCGUUGCUGAUUUCUGAAGCCCAGGCGAUCAAACUAGAUUUGGCGACUGUCCAAGGCAAAGUUGACCGUUCGAUGUCGCUCCUCAAAUCAUUGGCUCAAGAGAAGGAACGCUGGGAGGCAUCCAGUAAAACGUUCCAAGCCCAAAUGUCUACCAUCUUGGGCGAUGUUUUGUUGUGCGCGGCGUUCCUGGCAUAUGCUGGGUACUUCGAUCAGCACAACAGGGAGAAUUUGUUCAUGAUCUGGUGUCAGCACUUGAGUGCUGCUGGGAUUCAAUUCAGGCCUGAUCUGGCGAGAACUGAAUACUUGUCUAACCCUGACGAGAGACUCAGGUGGUCUGCUAACAGCUUACCUUCUGAUGACCUUUGCACCGAGAAUGCCAUCAUGCUGAAGAGAUUCAAUCGUUAUCCGUUGAUCAUUGACCCAUCUGGCCAAGCCACAGAAUUCAUCAUGCGAGAGUAUAGUGAGAAGAAGAUAACUAAGACGUCGUUUUUGGAUGAUGCCUUCCGGAAGAACCUGGAGUCAGCCUUGCGUUUCGGAAACCCACUGCUCGUCCAGGACGUGGAAAAUUAUGACCCGAUCGUGAAUCCAGUAUUGAACAGGGAGUUGAGAAGGACUGGAGGAAGAGUGCUGAUAACAUUGGGAGACCAAGAUAUCGAUCUGUCUCCUUCGUUUGUCAUCAUUUUGUCGACCAGGGAUCCAACUGUCGAAUUUCCGCCGGAUAUUUGCUCUAGAGUGACGUUUGUCAACUUCACAGUUACGAGAGCUAGCUUGCAGACCCAGUGUUUGAACAAGGUUCUUAAAGCCGAAAGACCAGAUAUUGAUGAGAAGCGUGGUGACCAGCUGAAAUUGCAAGGAGAAUUCAAAUUGAAAUUGAGGCACUUGGAGCAGGCUUUGUUGACUGCCUUGAACGAAGCAAAGGGAAGGAUCCUGGAUGACGAUUCCGUCAUUGACACAUUAGAGAAAUUGAAGAAGGAAGCUGCUGAUAUAUCAAGGAAAGUGGAUGAAACUGAUAAGGUUAUUGCUGAGAUUGAGACAGUUUCUCAGCAGUACAUGCCGCUGGCCCAAGCUUGCAGCAGCAUUUAUUUCACCAUGGAGUCCUUGCAUCAAAUGCACUUCCUGUACCAGUAUUCUCUCCAGUUCUUCAUGGACAUUUUCCACUCAGUUUUGUCAGCCAAUGAUAAUUUGAACGGAGUGAAGGAUUGCUCAUCGAGACUGGCGAUCAUCACGAAAGACUUGUUCCAGGCAUUUGCUUCUUUGCAGAUUGCGUACCACAGGGUGGCAAAGGGAAUGGUCCAUAUGGAUAGAGUCACAUUCGCCAUUUUGUUAAGCAGAAUUCGUCUUCGUGGACUCAAGGACGAGCGCGACUAUGACGCAGAGUUUAACCACUUUCUACGCGGGAAAGAAGGUGUCAAGGUUGUGCAGGAUGAUGGAACCUCAGUCGAUGGUCUUAGCCCGGAAGAAACUGCCGCGGCAGUGCGUCUUUCUCACAAGUACGAAACUUCAGACCGCAAGUCGUCGGGCAGUUUAACAACAAAAAUUGGGUUUGUUUUCAGGGUUCCAGUGUUCGCAGCUUUAAUGAAAAAGUUGAAAGAUCCAGAAGUCCAGGAAUGGCUUCAGACUUCGUCUCCGGAAAGCCACGUUCCUCACAUCUGGGACGUGGAUAAGCCAUUGACCCCUAUAGGAGUUGCUAUCUAUUCUAUUUUAUUGAUCCAGGCUCUGAGACCAGAUCGUUUGACAGCCAUGAGCCAACGUUUUGUGGCAGCUGUGAUGGGAGAAGGCUUUAUGCAGGUGGCUGACAAGGAGCCCAACCUGCUGCAGAUUGUAGAUCAUGAGGUUCAAUGCAGAACCCCGCUUCUGUUGUGCUCCGUGCCAGGUUUCGAUGCUUCCGGAAGAAUCGACGACUUGGCGGCUGAGACUUCCAAAGCGUUAUCUUCCAUUGCUAUUGGAUCUGCGGAAGGCUUUUCCGAGGCUGAAAAGGCUAUAAAUUCCGCCUCAAAGAGCGGCAGGUGGGUGCUGCUGAAGAAUGUACACUUGGCUCCAUCGUGGCUGGUGCAGCUGGAGAAGAAGCUUCAUACGCUGACACAGCCCCAUCCGGCCUUCAGGCUCUUCCUGACGAUGGAACUGAAUCCUAAACUUCCUGUGAAUUUGCUGAGGGCGGGAAGGAUCCUGUUGUUUGAGCCGCCCCCAGGCAUAAAAGCUAACCUUAUCAGGACCUUCUCCACGUUUUCUCCUGCGAGGAUGAUGAAGCCGCCCAAUGAGCGCGCUAGGUUGUACUUCCUUCUGGCCUGGUUCCAUGCAGUUGUGCAGGAGAGGCUUAGGUAUUCGCCUUUGGGCUGGGCGAAGUUGUAUGAGUUCAACGAAGCGGAUUUGAAGGUAUCCUGUGAUACUCUGGAUGUAUGGAUUGAAGCCACUGCCAUGGGUCGAGCAAACUUACCGCCCGAGAAGGUUCCUUGGCAAGCCCUCAUUACCUUGAUGUCCAACUGCAUCUAUGGAGGCAAAGUCGACAAUACUUUCGAUCACCGCCUACUGACAUCUUUCCUGGAAAAGUUUUUCACUCCGAAAAGUUUCGGAGCGGAUUUCAACCUAGUUGCUGGGGAUCGUGAAUCCGGCACCGAGCCAAUUCCCAUGCCAGAUGUCAUCCAGAGGGACCAGUUUCUUACCUGGGUAGAAAACUUGAGGGAAGAGAAGCAGACGCCUUCUUGGCUUGGGUUGCCUCCGAAUGCCGAACGCGUCUUGCUCACCAAUCAGCUAUCAGCUGACUCUCUAUUGAUGAUGUUACCGGUGUCGCUUGCUGUGCUUCGCAGAACUGUGGACAACAUCAAGGAUCCAUUGUACAGAUUCUUCGAGCGUGAAGUAAAUCUUGGGUCGAAGCUUCUGAAGGAGAUUCGACAGGAUUUGACGGAAGUGGUGCAGAUCUGCAUGGGGAACCGGAAGCAGACUAACUACCAUAGGAUGCUGGUAGACAAUCUUGUGAAGGGCGUUGUGCCAAAAUCUUGGAAAAAAUACACUGUUCCGCAAGAGACAACGGUUUCCGUCUGGGUUACUGAUCUUGCCCUAAGGCUGUCCCAAUUGGAACGCUUGUCUGAGGCUUCGCAGAGAGACGGUGCCAAGGGAUUGAGGAAUAUCCAUGUCUGGCUUGGCGGCCUUUUUAAUCCCGAGGCGUACAUCACUGCAACCCGUCAGUACGUGGCCCAGGCCAAUUCUUGGAGUCUGGAGGAGUUGGAAUUGGACGUUUUUGUCACGGACGGUGGAGUGGAUGAAGAAAGUGGAUUCAUUGUCCAAGGGCUGAAGUUGCAGGGCGCGGUUUGCACCAAGAAUCAACUGAAACUUACUUCUUCCAUCAUGACUGAUCUGCCUCCAAUUGCCCUGAAAUGGAUCAGGUCAUCCGGAGAAGCAGCUAUGGAUGCAGAGAAGAUCAAUCUGCCUGUGUAUCUCAACUCGCACAGGUCAGAACUAUUGUUCACUGUGGACAUGAAGAUUGCGCAUGGACAAAGCCCACAUCAAUUCUAUGAGCGCGGAGUUGCUUUGCUCGGAUCCGCUACACUGUAGAGAAAGCUUUUUGAAACCCCCUCCCCUUAACUUGGAAUUGUUAAUUCAAACUAUUUUCAGAAUAACCUGUUCAAAGAUCGCAUUAUAUUCCAUUUGUGUUUUGGACGUGGGGGAUUGUACAUGUUUUAGAUGCUUGUGGCGAGGUUGCCUUGCUGUUGUGAUUUUGAUGCCCUGUUUUUUUCUGGUAUUUUAAAGAAAUGAUGUAAUAGCA